AUGCGGGUUCAAUGCCUGCCAACAACCGUUGUUAUUAUUAUUUUCCUGUUGCUAGCCGGUAUAUCGUAUCCGAAACGCGGAAUGCGCCCAACAGUGACAGCGAUGGCUGUUGAUGCUGUGCCAGUAAUGAAGUCAAAGUCAGUGCUAUCCAGCGAUUUGGACAAUUUACGCAGGUCAAUAGCUGUAUUACGCCAUGCGGUUGGUAACUCAAUUGCCGGUUCAGUACUUCGUUUACCCUCAUCACAGCAUCAUCUUCAUCGAGACGCUUUAUAUGGACGAAGGGGAGAGUCUUCAGAAGCUGGCAUACUAAAUGUUAAAGCCGAUAUAAGGAGGAUGAAUGAAGCAGACGUGGAUCAUUUUGAUGACGAUUUUGAGGAUGAAGAAAGGCUCAUGCAAGCCGAUCGCCCAUCAGUGAUGCACAGAACACGACAUUUCAGGCAACGCAAACGAAGAAAAGGCUGUGGUGCAUCACGGCAUGGCCAUCAACAAAUGUUAUGUCCGACACGAAGCUCACAUCACUACGAUGUUUGCAUAACAUCGGAACAACUGUGCGAUGACAUCAGUGACUGUCCCGGUGGCGAAGAUGAAAAUCCGUCAAACUGUCUCUUUUAUAAGUCUAUAAAAGAGCAAUUGAAACAUAUUUACAACACAGUGCUUCUGUUAGCCGAUCACGCUGCAGGUCAGAAUAGCCACCGUGAAUUGUAA